CAGCUUGCGGCAGUGGCUGCGCGGAGCCGGUCGUGCGCGGUGUGCUGCGGUGAAGGCGAGAACCGGCGGCACCGCUCCCAGCGCAGGGCUCCGGGGGUCUCGGCGCUGUGCUGCGGCCGUAGCGCUCCCCCGAGGCAGGGUACGGAGGCGCGGUGCCGGUGCGCAAAGAGAGCAGGGCGCGCCCGCCUGGCUGCGCGGGCCGGCUCGCCACGGUGCCCUGUGAGAAGCGAGAGGGAGCGGGAGGCGGCGGCCGCGGGGAGGAGGGCGCUGCCAUCGUCCUGCUGCACGGCAAGGCCAGCUUGGCGAGCCUGGCCAUGGCCGCCAUCCGCAAGAAGCUGGUGGUGGUGGGGGACGGUGCCUGUGGCAAGACUUGCCUCCUCAUCGUCUUCAGCAAGGACGAGUUCCCCGAGGUGUACGUGCCCACCGUCUUCGAGAACUACGUGGCGGACAUCGAGGUGGACGGCAAGCAGGUGGAGCUGGCGCUGUGGGACACGGCUGGCCAGGAGGACUAUGACCGCCUGCGUCCCCUUUCCUACCCGGACACCGAUGUCAUCCUCAUGUGCUUCUCUGUGGACAGCCCGGACUCGCUGGAGAACAUCCCGGAGAAGUGGGUGCCCGAGGUGAAGCACUUCUGCCCCAACGUCCCCAUCAUCCUGGUGGCCAACAAGAAGGACCUGCGGAACGACGAGCACGUGCGGAACGAGCUGGCCCGCAUGAAGCAGGAGCCGGUGCGCACCGAGGACGGCCGGGCCAUGGCCAUUCGCAUCCAGGCCUACGAUUACCUGGAGUGCUCGGCCAAGACCAAGGAGGGCGUCCGGGAGGUCUUCGAGACCGCCACCCGGGCGGCCCUGCAGAAGCGCUACGGCACCCAGAACGGCUGCAUCAACUGCUGCAAAGUGCUAUAGGGCGUGUCUGGAGCGCGGCGCUGGGCACAGCGCUGGGUCACCUGUUGGCAGGUGGAGAGCAGCUGGGUUACACACGCACACGGCAUCUGCCUGUCCCCUCCGCUGGGGACCGGCCGCGAUGGGGUGGGGGCGAAGGGGGGGAGCACGCUCCUCGAGCCUUGGCCGAGAAGGGUUGUGCCUGCUCAGCCGUGGGGACAGAGGGAGGGGGGGAUUGCAUGCCCUGAGUGUUGGGAAUAAAGUGGGGAGAAGCCUUCUCCCACCACCGGCCCCCGCGAGUUGGUCGCGGACUGAACAACACAAAGCUGCUGAGACUGGACUGAGCAAACGUUGCACCCGGUUCUGCCCCUUUGCCAACACCUGCUGCUCCCCGCUCCCAGGCAGCCUCUCCUCUCUUUUGCAAGAGGAGGGCGGUGGAGCCGAGAUGCUCGAAGGGACUUCUGCCUCCUGCCUGCAUGUGCCUCCACCCAGGCGAGCUGGGGAAAGGGGCUGCCUCUCCCGGGCUGCCUGCAGCAUCCUCGCUUCUCCCUCACAUGUUUCAGCCUGAGCCUGACCUGCUGUGGAAAUUAGUGCCCUGAAGACCGAGACUGGGAGGGAAGGGGAGGGUCAUCCCGAGCGAAGCCUGUAUAUAUGUUACAUUUUCUGUCUUGUGCAAACUGGGGUAGUGCAGGGGUGCUUAUUUAAAGUGAGGUGGGGAGGGGGUGCCCAGGUGGGACUUGUGUUGUGCAAAGGAACUUGCCCUGAGUGACUGAUGCCUGCUGAUAACAGGAGCCUUGAAGUGACUCCAGCUGCAGAAGCCACCAGGCCAGAAAGUAGAGCUGAACUGUCCUGCUUGCUGGAUAUCCACCUCCUGACAGAUGAGGCAGGAUGAGCAAGGGGAUGGUAUUGCCAUAUUAUGAUCUUGGUGCCUGCUCCUUACUUUAAUGUUGUCUCCUGCGAGUGUGUUGGAUUGGCUUUAUUUAAAUUUUUAUUUUCAAAAGAAGUUACUUUGCACAACUUGGUGGAUUUUUUUUUGAAAUGUUUAAUUUAAACACUGAAUGCACUCAUCAUCUGCAUACAACACUGUAGCAUUGGAAACAUUCUUACUCAGUAACCUCAUCUGGUCUUGUUUAAAACUGAUUUCAACACAAGACAAAAUAAAACCACUGUAUAUUUUUGCCUUGGAGAAAAAAAAUGGGUGAAAGCACUGUUACUUAUGCAGUGAGUACAUCAGACUUUAGUACUAAAGGGCAGUUGAAAGAAUUAAGGUUUAUUUAAAACUUAUUUUCACAAGGUGGUCAACCUGGGUGAAAAUAAUUUUCUGUUUCUCUGGUUCAGAGAACAAAUGUAUCCAUUUAUGUUUGUUUACUUUCCUCCCUCUUCCCUCAAUAGUGGUACUGAGACUGUUUUUAAUAAACUGACAUGGCAAAAACUGAGAUGUAUAUGAUGUUUACAUAAAACUAUAGUGUAUGCAGUUUUUUAUGUAAAGUAUUAAAAGAUUCUAUGCUGACA